AUGGUGAGCUUUCGUCAUAUACCGGACAGAAUAGUGGAUGACAUCAUCUCGAGGCUGCCCGGCGAGUCGAUCGUUGAGUUCAAGAGCGUCAACCGAUCAUGGUGCUUUCUCCUCUGUGCUCUUAUCAACAACCGGGAAUUCGUCGAAAAACAGUUCCGAAACACCAAAGAUAAGUCCACUGUAACCCUAAUUUUCGACCAAUCUCCUCCUGAUGCUGACUACAGCCAUAAGAACAAUGUUAGAUUCUCAUUGCUUACUUUAACCAUUGACAAUGGCAAGAAGAAGAAUCGCUUUGUACCUUCCGUCGCUGAAGAACUCAACUUACCUCCAUUUGCAAAGGAAGGUGGAAACUCUUGGGUGGUCGCUUGUCAUUGUGAUGGAAUCGUUUGUUUGGUCGAUAGGAUGCAUGUCAUGGUAUGCAAUCCCGUAAUGAAAGAAUUCAAGCUUCUUCGGGAGUCAAGACAUGCCAAUAAAACUACCAAAACCUAUUCGGGAAUCGGGUUCGGAUACGAUUCCAACGCUAAGGACUAUAAGUUUGUUAGGGUUAUGGAUUGUUCUAAAGCCCUAGCCGAGAUCUACACUCUUGGCAAGGAGUCCUGGAGAGACAUAAGCAUGCCUGAAAAUAUUGUGGACAUCCGAUUUCUCGAAGUCGCGCUGUAUUUGAAAGGAGUUUGCUAUUGGGCAAUUGAGAUGAAAGAUGAUCAUAAAAUGAUGAUCUUGAGUUUUGAUGUGAGUGAUGAGGUGUUCCAUGUGAUACCAUUCCCUGAGAAUCUUACAAUGCCUUGGGAUUGGCUAAAUUUCUGUGUGUGGAAUGGCUCUCUUGCUUUGUUUCUUUGUCACAAACAUCUUGUGGAUACGGGUGAUCGUUCGGUAGCUUUUGAAAUAUUUGUUAUGGCUGAUUACAGCGAUGUUCUUAAUGGUGCUACUCCUUGGAUCAAAACCCUAGCCGUUCGACCACAACUUGGUUCCUUAAAACCUUUGGCAUUCUGGAACAGUGAAGAGAUCCUGAUGAAAGCUAAAGGCGGCCGGCUUUGCUCUUACAAUAUCCGCACUGAAAAGGUAAGGAACAUCGGGUUUAGAGGUGCGGUAAAUGCGCCGGUCUGCUUCUAUGAGAGGACCCUGGUACCUCUGCGAAAGCGAUGCUGCAACGUCUUGAAUUGA